GUAAACAGGGGGAGUGACCCACCUCGUCUCUCGGCGGAGCCCCCCUGAGCCCAAUGAGCCUGCCUGCUGCUGAGAGACAGCAUUGGAGCAGGGCUGUCAUAUGACUCUGAAGUUUGGCUGUGACGUCCGCUCAGUCGCUUUAACAAGAGGGAGACAGAGAGAGAGACUGCAAUGGGUCAGGAAGCGGGCAAGCCGUCCUGGCCCAGACCAUCUGGGGGUUACCAGACGACCACAGGGAGGAGAUACGGCAGGAGGCAUGCGUAUGUCACCUUUAGGCCCACCCCAUACAAGCGCAGAACUCUGUCCAGCAUGGAUAGCCAGGAGGUGGAGAUGAGCAGUGUCCAAGGGGAGCACGCCACUGCUCUGUCUAAAGGAAACAUUCCUUCAAUGAUUCCAGCUGGCUUUCCUGUGUUGUCCUCUAAUUUUGCUGACCGGGAGUCAAAGACAAACCAGAAUGACUGUAAAAGGCACCCACACUCCUCCCACAAGUUGUUGGAGUGUGAGAAGUGGAGGCAUGAUCACAUAGUGUCGUUUGACACUUGUGCUACAAAUGGUGCUAGUGCUUGGGAUGUGAAAGAUGAGGUGGAUGGGAAGCUGGCUAGUGCGAGUGUUUUGAGCUUUGUGAACAUUGAUUCCUAUGAACCGGACAGCAGUGGUGGUGAGGAGGAGGGUCUGAGCUCAGAACAGACUUGUGUCUUUCAGAAAAAGCUAGACAUGAUUUGUGGCCUUGGGAAAGACUUUGAUGACUUUGGUCACUCACAUGCGUGCAUGGACGGAGAUUUCUGCCAAUUUUCUGAUCGCUCAACCAAAGAGAUGCUUUUAAAACCUGAGCAAGGGGAUGCGCAUUCCACGAGGACUGAGAAAACCAAUGGUAAAUAUGAUAAUCUGGGAAAAGCCCAGUUAGACACUUGUAAUAAAUCAUCAUACAGUGCUGGACCGUGCUCCUGUAUAGACCCAGAAUGCACCAGCAUGCAGGAAACAGUUCAGUCCGAAAUGGUGGUCAGGCCGAAGGUCCGCAAGCAGACGAGUCAGAGCCAUGCCAGCAAAUCAGAGCACUCACAGGGGAAGAAAGAGAGCCGGACAUCAGCUGCAAGAUCUGUGAAGAGCUCGUGUGCUUCAGUUCCUACUUUUGAUUACUUCUUCGACUUUGCUGCUGAUGAACGCACUGUGGACAGGACGAAACUGGCGGGGGGUGACAGCAAAGCAAAUGAUGAUGAUGGGCAGGAUGAUGACUUCUGGGAAGACCUGGAGGACUUGGAGCAGAAAUGUGCAUCCCCUGAAAAGGGGGAUGGGAGCUCGGUCUACAGUGAAGGUGAAUGGUCCGCCUCGUUUACGUCAGACUCUGGGUUGGAGAAGGAGCAGCGUUCCAGUGAGGAGAGCUGGGAGACACUGCCGGGUCUGGAUGAGUUGCCCAGUUCCAGCAGUAGCUUGGAAGACAUUCCCCCACUCAGCCUUACACAGGAGGAACAGACUCCUCUGGAGGAAGGUGAAAUUCCAUGGCUUAGAUGUAAUGAAGAUUCAGGUAGCAGCAGUGAUGAGAACCCAGACAGCUCGAGUCAGUUUGUGCACCCAGGACUCUUCAUCAUGGACAGUAGCAACAACCUGGAGGAUGACUCAAGCAUGAGUGAAGACCUGGAUACUGAGUGGAGGUUGUUGGAUGACUUUGAGGAAGGGUUUGGCAUGGCUCAGGCCAUCUCCUAUGUGGACCAUCCUCAGCUUCUAACUUACAUGGCGUUAGAAGAACGACUUGCACAGGCAAUGGAGGCGGCUUUAGCACAUCUUGAAUCAUUGGCCAUUGAUGUGGAACAGGCCCAUCCUCCAGCUUCAGAGCAGAUCAUUGACUCUUUACCUCACAUCAUUGUGCUGGAUGACCACAGGGGACAAGAGCAGAGCUGUGCUAUCUGCUGUAGUGAGUACGUCAACGAAGAGGUAGCAACACAGCUGCCCUGUCGCCACAUGUUCCACAAACUCUGUGUUACUCUCUGGCUCAGAAAGUCUGGCACGUGUCCAGUAUGUCGGCAUGUUCUAACUCAUCUGAGUGAACCAACGCCAUUCCUCUCGAACCCGGAGAAUCCCUCGUCCAGUCCCAGUGCAGCGGGACAGACCCGGUGAACAGCCACUGCAGCCCGUUAGAAUAGUGCCAGAAAACAUUCUUGGACAACAAUCACUCAUGUCUCCACUCGCAAGGAAUCCUCUAACAUGUCUCUACAGUCUCUGCAUCGCAUGAGGUGAUAUUCCGUCUGCGCUAACUUUCUCCUGUCACACUUCACAGCCACAGAGAGGCACUGCAAACUCAUUUUCUAAGAAAAUAUAAAUAAAUAAUUAUUUCAAGGCUUUGUUACAUGCUCAGUUACCGUGAAGGAUCUAACAGUAGCUGGUUAUUUUCUGUUUAUUUUUUUUAUACAUCCUGGAAAAAAAAAACAACUUAACCUGUGUCGAACUAAAUUUCACUUUCAGCAAAGCUUAGAAUGCAAUGUUAAAAAAAAAAUGUGAUCUAGCUUGAUGUAAAUAAACACCUUGAUUCUGAAUUCAAACAGAA